AUGGUGGCGCGGUGGCCGAAGCGCGGCCGCGGACUUGAACCCUCAAAUCCGGACGCUGUCCCGCGGCCGCCCUCCUCGGAUGUCGCGUCCGCCCCAGGGCCGGGCCCCGACUCGGACGCCCGCAAACAGACGGACGGCGUCGAGUCUAAAGGACGUCCGAAUGGUGGACUCUGCAAAGACCAGGUCACAGAAAAGUGUCCGCCGAGCUCAGGAACCGAUGCUGAGAGUGGGCAGUCUGCGGAACCGGAAGCGACGGAACCAAUGAAUACCUCUCCCAAGGAGGAACUAGGAGUGGGGUCAAAACACCUGCCAGGUAGGAUUUCGAAGACGGGUGCAGAAACGUCGCUCGGCACGGAAGCGGGAGGGGCGUAUCAACAUGGGGAAGCUGCUAAGGACACCGAAAAUCAAGCGGGCGUUUUGAGACGACUCAAAAGAGAACCAAACAUCGCAGACAUUGAGGACGGAAGGGGUAUAGCGUUCACAAGCGGAGUGACCGCGGCUGAUGAGGCCGCCAAACGCGGACGAGCGGCGGCCACGUGUCGCGGCGAAGAGGGAUCACGUGGUCCAGGAAAGCCACCGGAGCACGAAGACUGUGUCGACUGGGAUGCCGUGCUGGCUGCGAAUGAAGCGGAAAUUGCUGACGUGAUCAGAGAACGGGGCCAGCAGACACGGCUUGCUGCGAGGAUCAAGGCGUUCCUGGGCAAGGUGAGGGGCGACCAUGGCACCAUCGACCUGGAGUGGCUGCGCGAGUGCUCCCGAGAGCGCGCGAGCGCUUACAUCACUUCGUUGUACGGCAUGGGGCUCAAGAGCGCGGAGUGCAUCCUGCUGCUCUGUCUCCACAAAGCCGCCUUCCCGGUGGACACCAAUGUGGGCCGCGUCUCCGUCCGCCUGGGCUGGGUGCCGCUGGAGCCGCUUGACGAGGAGCUUCAGCUGCACCUGCUAGAACAGUACCCGAUUCAGAAGCGCAUCCAAGAGUACCUCUGGCGCCGACUGAGUCACCUGGACGUGGAGACCCUGUACGAAAUGCACUGCCAGCUCAUAACCUUUGGGAAGGUCUUCUGUACCAAGCGGGCGCCCAACUGCUUGGCCUGCCCGAUGCAGGGAGAAUGCAAGCACUUCGAGAGCGCCAGAGCCCACAAAGAGAGGCAGCUUUCGCGGCCGCUCCCUACUUUGCGCUCGGACCAGCCUCCUGCCCCUUCUCCGAAGGUCCCGGUUGAGCCCGCCGAACAGGACAUGCGCGCGCUGCGCGAGGCCGUCAGAGACGCGGCCGCUGAAGCGCGCAGCAAGGGCGUGGGCACCAUACAAAGGAGCGCGCGCACGCAAUUCUGGGCGCUUCCGCUCCUGCGUCCGGAGAAGCUGCGGACGGUGCGCCACGCCGUGCGGCUGCCAGACGACCACCCGGCGCUGCGAGGGUUUCUGAAACGCGACCCAGCGGAUUCAAUUCCGUAUUUUGCGGUUCUGUGGCCUACAAACCCCAUCUUGUACCCUCACCAAGGCCUCCAAGUCUUCCCGAAAGCGGCUCCGCUCGCCUUCCCCAUGUUUCUUCCUGCGGCGCGAAAGCCGCGAAGCCGAGAUGGGCGGCAGAACGUGGCGUCGAACCGAAAAAGGCCGGAAGAGGUUCUCGAGCAGCCGAACAGCGCUUCCUGCAGGAACGAGGAGGGAGUCAAAUCAAAACCCUUGUCCGAGCAAUCUGCAAUCAUGACCCGCAGCAGAAAGCAGAAGCUGGAGCAAGAAGAAGGUCAAUCGGCUCGGAAGAUAGGAAGCGGGGACUUUUCUGAGGACUUAGAAACUGUCGUACUUCACGAACGUGGUCCUCACAACGUCAACCCUGUCAAGAUAGAGGAAGACGGAUUUGUGACAGAUUCAGUCCAAAUCUCGACGAACUCUUCGAAGAAGCGGAGGGGUGGACGAGGCAGUGCGGCCCGGGCAGGGCUUUGUUCUGGCAGGGAGGGGUGCACAGCAGAGGUGACUGCGGGGCGGACUUGUGGAACCCUGAGAGCCCCCAACCUGAAGCCGGAAGAAACGGACGGUAGCAUUGUGAUCAGCAAACGAAAGAAAUAUUGGGACGACGGAGAGGGGCCAUUGUCGAAGCUGAAGCUGCCCAAAGAGGAGCCGGGGGAAGCUGUCCAGGCUGUCAUGAGCCGUAGCAGAACGAGGCGGUCGGAGCAGGAAAGCGGCACGCAGAGUGUUGAAUCGGAGGGUGUGCCGGGCGGUGGUUUUGCAAUGUGGGAGGCAGAUGAACAAGAUACCGAGAGGAGAAUGCCAAUUCAGAUUGGCCCUUUUGUUGGAGCGGCACGGGUAGCUGGGCUAAACGAAGAAGCGGACGGCAGUGUUGUGAAGACUCCCGUCCUGUGCCGGCCGAGAGGGAGCAGAGGUUACUCAAGGGGGGGUGCGGAUGCCGCGCUGGUCCUGGGGGUUCCGGAAACGGACGAGCGCCGGAAGGUUUCGAAGCGGAAGGAGAUCAACCUGGAAAGCGCAGCGGAUGAUGUGUUCCUUCAUACUCGCGCGCGCGCACGUAGCGUCAAAGAUGAGGCGGAGCACUCAGCGUUGCCGUGGGGCGCAAGCGACAGGGGGGCUGGUGGAGGUAGCAAGCCUGAGAGCAGGGCAAAGUGCGGGGUCCUCGUAAAUGAAGAAGAGGAAGGCGACGGCUUGGAAUUUGUUUGGACGGAGAAUAUCAGCCUCCGCGAGCAACUAGAGAUGCGGCAGGACCUGUGUGCGCAUCACGGACGGGAGGUGGUGAAGUUCAAGCGGCUCGCUAGUCUCACUGACGUGCCGGCCAUUGAUAGGAAGGAGACUGCGGGACUAGCGGAGAGGAAAGUUCGAGCGAAGUUUGAAGACAUGGGCGGAACGAUACCGGGUGAAAAAGCGGCUGGGAUGGUCCCCUGCGGUUGCAGCACUUGCGGCUGCCACGUGGAGGGAACGGUGUACUUCACCGUGCUGGUCCCCUGCCGGACCGCUCUCUCCGGCCGGUUCCCGCUGAACGGAACCCACUUCCAAGCAAACGAGCUCUUUGCAGACGACCGCACCUCUAGUUACCCCCCCGCCGCGCCCGCUGCCGACUUCGCGGACCUGCCCCGCACCAAGGUUUACUUUGGCACCGGCGCCGGGAGUCUGUUCAAGGGGUGCUCACAGAAUGAGAUUUCACAAGCUUUUGAGCACGGUUAUGUGUGUGUCCGUGGAUUCGACUCGGCGAAAGGUGCGCCGAGACUGCUGCACGGGAGGCUCCACGUAGGCAAUAGUGGGAAGCAGAUAUAG